UUACCAAUCAAUCAACUCGAUUGAUUCGCUCGCUGUCACUGCAUUCUUUGGUCGAGUUACCGGAGCGGAGCACAUGGGUUUUACUUAUUUAAAGGCACAAACUGAGCAGUCUUCAGCCACAGACACAGACCAUUCAAGCUAAGUCAUGGGGACUUCAACAUCGCCUCUGUCCUGCUUCCCUGUCUUGCUGCUCCUCUUCCUUGCAGCAGCAAUACCUUGGCCGAGACUGGCGCAUGCGGCCGGUGUCGGAGGAGGCAAGUGGGACCUCCUCAAGCACAGCAUUGGUAUAUCCGCGAUGCACAUGCAAUUACUUCACAAUGAUCGAGUUGUGAUAUUCGAUCGAACAGAUUUCGGCAGGUCGAUGCUGGCUUUGCCACAUGGCAAGUGCCGUCACGACCCCAAGGACUUUGUUCUGCAGGUCGACUGUACCGCUCACUCCGCCGAGUAUGAUGUUUCCUCCAAUUCAAUACGGCCUCUCAUGGUCCAAACCGACGUUUGGUGCUCGUCCGGCUCUGUCUCCCCCGACGGGCGCCUCAUCCAGACUGGGGGAUCCAACGAUGGUGAACGUUCGGUUAGAAUUUUCGCUCCGUGCAAUGGCUGUGACUGGGAGGAGAAUAGCUCCGGGCUCCUCGUUCCGCGAUGGUAUGCGACCAACCAGAUACUACCGGAUGGCCGGUCUAUCAUCAUUGGUGGGCGUAAUCAAUUCAAUUAUGAGUUUUACCCAAAAUCCUCGUCGACCGACACUCUAUUCGAUCUUCCGUUUCUGUCGCAAACCAAUGAUCCCAAUGUGGAGAAUAAUCUCUACCCUUUUGUUCACCUCAACGUCGACGGCAACCUGUUCAUUUUCGCCAACAACCGCGCAAUUUUGCUCGACUAUACAAGGAACGUUGUCGUUAAAAGGUUCCCGAAAAUGCCCGACGGCCAUGCAAGGUGCUACCCGAGCACGGGCUCUUCUGUUCUUCUCCCGCUGAAGAAGUUGAAGCGACCAUCAGUCGAAGCCGAAGUUCUGAUUUGCGGUGGCGCGCCAAAAGGGUCGUACUUUCAGGCCAUAAGAGGGAGCUUCGUCGGAGCACUGAGCACCUGUGGGAGAAUCAAAAUUACCGACGAGUCGCCAGCUUGGUCCAUGGAGACAAUGCCGCUGGCGAGAGUGAUGGGUGACAUGAUUUUGCUUCCAGACGGCCAAGUCCUGAUGAUCAAUGGUGCAAAAUCAGGGGUUGCUGGGUGGGAAUUGGGCCGAAACCCAGAGCUUUACCCGGUUAUCUAUCGACCCAACAGCCCGUCUGGGUCAAGGUUCCAUGUACAAAACCCGACUACAAUUCCACGUAUGUACCAUUCCUCUGCACUUCUACUUCGUGAUGGUCGAGUUCUUGUUGGAGGCAGCAAUCCCCAUGAGUUUUACAAUUUCACCGGAGUACUUUAUCCAACUGAGUUAAGCUUAGAGGCGUUCUCACCUGGUUAUUUGGAUCCGGGUGUCUCGCAUCUACGGCCGGAGAUCAUCUCUCCCCCAUCUCAAACUAAGCUAAAAUAUGGGCAGUCAAUAACAGUUCGGUUCUCGCUCUCUGGCGAACUAAGCAGCAAAGGGGUGUCGGUAACAAUGGUGGCUCCUUCGUUCACAACACAUUCAUUCGCCAUGAAUCAAAGGCUACUGGAACUGGACGGCCGACAGGUGAAGCCGGUGUCGAAGUCGGUGUACGACGUUCAGGUGACAAUUCCUGAAUCAGGUUUCCUUGCGCCGUCUGGGUAUUAUCUUCUGUUUGUCGUUCACACAGAAGUUCCUAGUGAGGGCAUUUGGGUUCAUAUUAAGUGAGCUCCAAUAUAGCUAGAUUAGUUUUAUUGAUCAAGUAAGUUGUUUGAUUUCUAAAUUAAAUUUGAUUGGUUGUCUGAUAUCGUAAUAAGAUUCAGUUGAAAUCGAAGGUUGUCCUUCGUUUAAUUACUCAUUUUUCUUUUCUGUGUUUCGAAGAAUCUAUCUUCAGUUCUUAGUGGGUCUGUAUAAUGUGAUUAUUAGGAGUUGGGAAAGUCAUUACCAGACAGAUCAUCUGACAAAGACAAACUUUAUUAUGGUUCCGUCCAUUAUUUGUAGUUAAUGAUGCCCAUUGAACAGAAAUUGUGUAGGUGACAAAUUUUACUGCUUGUCUCUAGUUAUCUUUGUAUUCAA